AUGGAGGCGCUGCGGGCGGCGGGGCGCGCCGUGCUGCGGAGCCCGCGCCUCGCCCGGCACAGCCUGGGGCUCCGCCGGCGGCGCAAGCUUCCUGAGAGCUGGGCUGAUAUGCAGGAGCCGCUGCUUGAGGGGAUGUGCUUCACACUCAAGUAUCUAGGGAUGACACUGGUAGAGAAACCCAAAGGAGAAGACAUGGCGGCUGCUGCCAUCCGCAGGAUUGUGGCCACGGCACGGGUAGGAGCUCGCAAGUUCCAGAAAGUGAUUCUGACGGUGUCUCCGAGGGGAAUCUCGCUGCAGGAUGCGGACACAAAGGAGAUGGUUGAGAACAUCUCCAUUUACAGGAUCUCCUACUGCACAACAGACAAGCUGCAGAACAAAGUCUUUGCUUACGUUGCCCAGAGCCAGCAGAGUGGGGCACUGGAGUGCCAUGCCUUCCUCUCACCCAAGAAAAAGAUUGCCCAGGCUGUGACUCUGACCGUGGCCCAGGCCUUCCAGAUGGCACUGGAUCUCUGGGAAGCAGCACAUGCAGGCUCUAGGCAGGAACAGCCCCUUCACCCUUCAUGUGUCUUGGAGAGCAGUGAGCCCGGCAGACCAAGUGAGCCAGCCCCCCCGGGAAGCCCUCCCUUCAGACACCAGUUUGGGGAGGAGGAAGAGGAGGAGGAAGAUGAUAACAUCGGAGAAACCUUGUCUGGCAGCAUGGAGGAGCUGGAGAGGGGAGCCCACGGCCCAGCAGAGUCAACACAUCUUGUGCCCAGAGCAAGCUCUGCUACUGCCCAGCUCCUGUGCUACCGCUUGGGGCAACCCCCAGACAGCUGGAAGGGGCUUAGAGGGGUUGGAGACCUCCCCACAGCUGGCCCCAGAGCUCCUGGCUCCAAGACUCCCCUGGGCUAAGCCGAAUCUCCACAGCCGUGGACCAGCCACUCAGGGUUCACCCUGUGCCUGCACUCGGGCCAGACAGUGCCUGCCCUUGCCCUCUCACUGCCCACCUGGCAGGGGGUCUGCUGGCACCGUUGCCACGCAGUGCACAGGCUGCGACACCCACUCCUUGUCCUGCUCUCCGCCUGCAUGAACCGCCUCAAGCCGCAGCCGCUCCCCGCUCAAGGGGACAGUGCUUCUCGCUCUGCCCGCGCCCUUGGAGCCACCCCAGAGCCAUCCUGGUGCUCUGAGCCUGCAGAUGCAGCCAGUGUGCUCAGGACUGCACCCAGCCUGACCUCGCUUGUUUCUUCCACCUUGCUCCUUAUGCUGGCAGCUGGGGACCAGCCGAGGCUGAGCUGCCUCCUGGAGAUGGUGGAGGACUUGCUCAGCACGCGUGACCCUCAGGGAGCAAUAGCUCUGUGCCUGGAGGAGUGAGGAAGGCCUCACUCCUGCAGUGCAGCCCCCACACCCUCUCAUGAGUGAAAUGUGCUGUUUUUUAAAGGAAAGCCCUGCCUUUGUAAGGAAAUAAACUGAGUUUUUUACUGUUA